GAGAGUGAGAGUGAGAGUACCUGGGGAUGGAGAUAAAGCGUCCUUUGGUUUCACCGUUAAAAAGGCAUAUUUGGGCGUAUAAAAAAAUCUGAUUCAAGGAGGAGCGAUGACGAGAAAAGGAAUAAAAGCUGGUACAAGGGAGUGGUUCGGAGGGAAUAUACAUCUAUGAAACUUUCACUGCCGGUCAGUCGAACUGUAUUUCCUUCUGAAGCUGCCAUCACACAGUGUCAUCAUGAAAGGUGAGGCUUCUUGCAUUUACGGAAGAGGAUAUUCGUCGCAGUAACAGUCAGCUAAUGCAAUGGUUUUUGCAUGUUUCUCUUUUCCUCUAGUUUUUAUGCUACUGUGCCUGCUGUACUCGGCUUAUGGACAGAUGCCCAGUCCCUCAUUUGGCUGGAACUCACCAGAAGACCAAGCCGAAGGCAAAGGUGAGGAAUCCUGUUGAUCAAUUUUGUGCAUGAGUUCAAACCUGCAUCUGUACUACUUUCUUGUACAUGUGUGUUUUAGAGUGCAGGGAUUCCCAGGGUGCUUGUGGCUGCUGUACGAUGCUCCUUGAGGUCGAUAGGUUAAAGGCUAGCUUUAACAAGACUCUGAGCCAGUUGGAAAGCGAUUACAAGAGCACAAAGGAAAGUUUUGACAACUUUAAAGGUGAGGAAUAAAUUCAGCAGUGGGAGGUGAAGCAUCUUGAUUUCUUACUUAGUAAUCCAUUGUCUAUUCUUGCCUCUCUAGCUCGCCGUGCUGCCUUUUCUGCCACUCUGUCUACAAAUGGCUCCCCCAGAUGUAUCAGUGCCACCAGUACAAACCAAUACAUCAGUUACAAUCAUGUCCUCCUAAAUGUGGGCAGUGGCUACGAUCCAGACACAGGUAUCUUCACUGUUCCCUUCUCAGGUGUCUACAGCAUCACCUUCACUGUCUACAGCGAUGCAGGGGCUCCCAAAAGCCAGUUGGCUGCCUGCGCCAGACUCCAGGUUAACUCAGAGACCGUGGCUGCUGCAUUGGACAUAAACAAAUUUGACCACGAGGACAGUUCCUCUCAAGUCAUCGCCCUCCAUCUGUACGAAGGGGACCAGGUAGCUGUCAACAUCCACAACGAAUGUUUCCUCUGUGAUGACAGUGGCCGCUACAACACUUUCAGCGGCUUUCUGCUGUACCAUACUGAAUGAGAUAGAAGGGAGGAGUAAGCUGGUGGAAAAUCUUUGGGUUAUGUUUUAUCUGACUUUGCUCUUUUUUAAGGAACACUGAAAACUUAAUUGGUCAAAGCAUAACAGUCCUUACCUGUAACCGCCUGUCUCUUUAUGAUGGUUGUGUAAUGUUACAACUGGUGACAAGAAAUAAACCUGUGUGGUUCAAAGACAUGAAAAGUUCAAAAACAACACGGUCAUGAAAACAAAGAGAUUGUUAAAGCUAUUCAAAUGUUACUUUCUAUAUUAAAAACACUAUGUAUAUGAACUUUGGUUCAAAUGAAUGAUUUCUGAAUAAAGCACUUUAGUCCCACU